GUGACAUGCUUGCUUCCCUUUGCUUUCCUCGCCUCUCUCAAUUGCUGACCACAGAGGAGAAACGGCCCACCAUUUACAUUAAUGCACAUCUAUCGACUCCAAACUACGAAUGAAUUCAUUCAUUCAUAAAUACGAGAGAGAGAGAGAGAGAGAGAGAGUAGGAAAGAAAAUCCAUUAAGUUAACCCACCACCAAUACCAUAGUUUCGGCCACGAACCAGCCUUCUUUCCAGUGCGCUAAAUCUCUCCUUCCCUGUCUCUCUAGAAUCCCUUAUCUUCUUCAUCCAUAUCAGCCAUAUAUUAUAUAUAUAUAUUUAUAUAGGAAGAGAUAGUGGUAACGUGGACUUGUUGGGUUCUGAAAGAGCUCAGAAUUUACUGUUUUUGUUCAAAGGCCGAGUUAAUUAGUGUUCCGGGGAAUGGAUUGCAUGGAAGCAAGAGCGUUGAAGCCGAGUUUGCUCUCGGCGUUAGGCGCCAAAUCCACCCAGCAAGCUUUAAUCGACGAUCUUCUCUGUGUCAGUGGGAUUACCGGCGUUUCCAGCAAUGAUUUCUCGGUGGAUGUUUUCCUCGACCUCUCUAAUGAAGAUUACAAGGACGGGGUUUUGGAAGAAGAAGAAGAAGAAGAAUCGGAAGAAGAAGAGAAGGAUUCUCUCUCUGAAUCCUCGCGCCACCGUGGAGAAGACGAUGGCUACAACGCUACCACGUUCUCCGGCGCCGUUGACUCCGGCUCCCUCCCCUCCGGCGAACUCCCUCUUCCGGUUGAUGAUUUGGAGAAUCUCGAAUGGUUGUCUCGUUUUGUGGACGAUUCGACUUCGGAAUUGUCGCUUCUGUGUCCCGCCGGGGUUUUCAAGGAGAAAAGCGGAGGUAAUUCAGUAAAGAGCUCUGAACCGCCGGUUCAAAAACCUCCCGUUCUGUGUUUUCCGCCUCCGGUUCCGGUUAAAGCCAGAACAAAACGGCCGAGGCGAAGCGGUCAAGCUUGGUCUCGCGGCUCGCCGUCUUCAACGCCUUCAUCUUCAUCCGGGUCUUCUCCGAUCUCCAUGUUCGUUUUCUCGAACCCGGUUCACGGCAUGGACGCAGCCGACGAAGUCAUGAAACCUCCGGCCAAGAAGCAGAAGAGGCCGGCGGCGGAAACCGGCGGCGCUCAGACACAGAGGCGGUGCAGCCAUUGUCAGGUUCAGAGAACGCCGCAGUGGCGGACCGGUCCGCUCGGGCCCAAAACGCUCUGUAACGCUUGUGGGGUUCGGUAUAAGUCCGGGCGGCUCUUCCCGGAGUACAGACCGGCUUGCAGCCCGACUUUCUGCGGCGUUAUGCACUCGAACAGCCACCGGAAAGUGUUGGAAAUGCGGCGGAAGAAGGACCUCGGCGUCGCCGCCGGAGCGGACUCCGUAACUGCAAGUUUUUCAGGCUAAGUUAGACCGGAAUGGGGUGGUUUGAAACCGGACAGUAAAACCGGGUUCAGUGGUUGCAGCAGGCUUGUCUCGUGAGAUUGUACAAUUUUGGUGGUGGGUCUGUUGCAAGGAAGGAUAGCUUUAGCUUGGUAAUGGACCUUAGUCUAGUCUAGUCUAGUCUAGCCCAGUCGAGUUUAGGUAGGUUUCUAAUAUAUAUUUUUUUUUCUGGGUUUAUUAUUAAUGUCAAUUUAAUGAUAGUGUUGAUGUGGCAGUAGAUUUUACUUUAUAGUAACAUACAUUUGCAUUCAA